UACUGCAUGAUGGGGAAGUGAUUGCUGUGAAGAAGUUAAAUCCCAUGAUGCUAGCACUUGAUGAUGAGCCAUUUGAGAAAGAAUUUAAUAACCUAAUGAGGGUCCAGCAUCAGAACAUUGUACGGUUACUUGGCUACUGCUACGAAACAAAGCACACACAUAUUGAGAUCAAUGGACAAUUUCAUUUAGCUAAAAUAGAAAACAGAGCCCUUUGCUUCGAAUACUUGCAGCAUGGCAGCCUUGACAAGCAUCUUUAUGAUGAAUCAUGUGGACUUGAUUGGUGCACACGCUACAAAAUAAUUAAGGGGAUCUGUGAAGGUUUAAAUUACCUUCAUGGAGGAUUAAACAAACCUGUUUUCCAUCUGGACCUAAAACCUUCCAAUAUAUUGCUAGAUAAGAACAUGGUACCGAAAAUUGCAGAUUUUGGGUUGUCGAGGUUCCUCUUGGAAACAAAAAGCGAUAUAUUGACAGAAACUAUGAAAGGCACGGUUGCGUACAUGCCUCCAGAGUACCUAGCACAACGCCAAAUCUCUAAAGAGUACGAUAUAUUCAGUUUAGGCAUUAUAAUCAUACAGAUAAUAACUGGACCUGAGGGCCACUCCAAAUAUCUUAAAGGGUCUCCCCAAGAAUUUAUCGACCUUGUGCACAAUAAAUGGGGGAAUAGGAUACAGACAACAUCAAUGUACACAGAAGAAUAUUGCCAGCAAGUGAAGAGAUGCAUUGAGAUAGCAAUAAACUGCCUGGAAAUUGAAAGAAAAAAGAGGCCCAAGAUAGGAGAUAUUAUCUACGACUUGACACAGACAGAAUCUGUCAUUCAUGAAGUGUCGAUGCCAUUUUCUGAGGAGUUCAAAAGUACUAGUUUACUACAAGAAGGAAGAGGAGGAGGGGAGGAGAAGAAGGCUGUGCUUGCCAAGUUUGGGCCCUGGGGAGGAAAUGCUGGGAAGACUCACAACAUCAAGGUGGCACCUCACCGUCUGGAAAGCGUUACAAUUUGGAGCAAGGAUGUUGUUGAUGCAUUUGCAUUUUCGUACAGUGAACUUAAUGGGAAGAAGCACACUAUAGGUACAUGGGGUGGCCCUGGUGGGAUUACCAAUAGGAUUCAGUUUGGCCCUUCAGAAUUUCUGGUGGAAAUUUCUGGAACAACUGGCCCAUAUUUUUACGAAGUGAUUGAUGUGAUCAAGUCACUUAAGUUGGUCACAAAUGUUCGUAGUUAUGGACCUUAUGGCUCAGGAGGAGAAACUCCUUUCCACACUUCAGUGCAAGACAAUGGCAGCAUUGUUGGUUUUUUUGGGCGUGCAGGACGUUUUCUCCAUGCCAUCGGUGUCUACGUGAAUCCCAACAGACUCACCCUUGCUGAACUGGAAACAAUGGAGGAUAGAGAGCGAGAAGAGGAGGAUGGGGUCACCAAGAUUGGACUCUGGGGAGGGAAUGGAGGGAUGCCUCACGACACGGAGGUGGUACCUCACCGUCUGGAAAGUAUGACAAUACGCAGUGAUGUCGUGAUACAUUCACUUGCGUUUUCGUACACUGAUGUUAAAGGGGUGCAGCGCACUACAGAUCGAUGGGGAGGUCCUGGUGGGAGUGCUUAUUCGAUUCAGCUCGGACGUUUCGACCAUAUAAAAGGAAUUUCUGGAACAUUUGCUCCAUUUGGCACAUCACCUAAUGUUAUAACAUCGCUUACUAUUACCACAAAUGGAGGUCAAAAAACAUACGGACCUUUUGGACAAGGAGGAGGAACUGCGUUCACGAUUCCAGUGGAGACAAAUGGCAGCGUUGCUGGCUUCUUUGGGCGUUCAGGGUCGUAUCUUGACGCACUUGGGGUCUACAUUCGCACAUACUGA